AUGCAACCUAUGCCGGUGAUUAACGUGGUUAGAGUACCCGAGAGCCUAACAUAUGUUACAACAUCGUUAAUGUAUUAUUGGUCUGGAUUAACAAUGUCGGGACGAAAUCACAGUAUUGCCAGUAUUUCCUCGUGCCCUCUCAAGCAAGUGGCGUCGUCGAUAGAAUACGAGUGGUCCUCGAGCGAACACUUAAGCAGGCACGUUGGGUGGGUCACGUACUGUGGUGGCUCUGAAAAGAGCCGUUUCUCAUUUCCAUGCCACUGGUAG